CUUCUACUACACAUUGCUACCAAAACAAGAGCAGUGUAGUCGACAGAAAGAACGCAGCAAUUCAUAAAUCACUUACCUCGAAGCUCGAAAAUCACUUGCUCGGCCAACAUUUGACUUGUUUCUUUUUCUCACUCUCAAAAUGCGUGUCGAAAAGUUUCCCCUCUCACCCCCAAGCCUCGAAGAGCUGGCCGAACGACUCAAAGCUCCCUUGACCGCCAAUUAUGAGCAUGCAUCGGUGACUGUAGUUAAUUGCCCAGACCUGCGAGAAGCGCCUUUUCACCUUGCAACCGAGGGCCUCUCGGGCGACGAAAAGAUCGCAGACGUCGGCGGCCAGCCGAACCUCUUUCCCCGCCCCCGGCUCGACAGCACCUGGUCCAUACCAGAGAUUGGCAGAAACAUGGGAAUGAGCCCUGAAAAGGGAAGCUUGAUCGGCGCCGGCGCCGGUCCUUUCCACGUUAUCGGGCAGAACAGCGAGCUUGCGCCGAAUCUCAGCUGGCAAGGCGGUCAUGACAAGGUCGAUAACAAGAGCCAAAUCAUCCAGAUUAAACGCACCACUGGGAAGGUCAGCGUGGGAACUAGUCCUUCCGUAGACUGCGGGCUGAUGGUCAAUCUGUACGGUUCUCUGGGCGAGCCGGGGCCGGUGCUCAAAAUUACAGCAAAAGGCCGAAAGGGCUCCGAGAAGAGCUUCACCGAGUGCAUCCGUAAAGGACUGAAAGCUGCGUACGGCGAUGAAAGAACUGUUAGCCUUGGAGGAGCCUUUGUCGUGAAGGCAGGGAAGGCGACAUACCACAUCAUGCCUGAUUUUCCUGCUGAACGCGACCUUCCUUUCAAAGAUAGGAAGGAAGUUGAAAAGUGGCUGACAUUUCAUGAUUUCGAUUCGCCCAUUGUGGGACUGUCUGUGUUGCACUCUGCGGACCCGGACAACAAGAUGGGCUUGCGGAUUGAGCACACGCAUGCGUUCUCUCCACUGGGAAAGAAUGCUGGAGGUCACUACCAUUACGAAGCCGAGGGAGAGGAAGAGGUUAUUGAGUAUGAAGGUUACUUCAAUACUGCGAAAGCGAUAUACAGGAUAGACAGCCCAGCGGUCAUAUAAGUAUAGAAGUAGUAAUCAUUUCUACAGUGUCCCUUCAUAAAUCUUUUACCAAAGACAGUCAUCCUCAGACUCUUCGUCAGGAAUAUUGAGGCUCUGUUUGAACUCUUUCGUCCACUAUCGGACAGGUUUUUCACCUACUCAAAGUUCUUUGUAGAACGACUUUAUUGGCUCUGGAAGUUGACUGGAGUCAAGUAAACCGUCAUCAUCGACGUAUUCUUCCAUGUAGGCGAUCAUAGCCAUGGCGAAGGAGCCCACUGGCUUUCCCGAGCCAAGGGCAUAGAGUCUCAAGUAUGCCUCUAGUAGUACGUGGGCUCUGGGAACAAUGACAGAGCUAUUGCUAGAUUGGAAGGCACCCGUUCCACGACCAGGCCGCCACGGCGGAAGUACGUCUCGGUCGCAAGCGAGAGCAAAGGUAGACGGCAGCUUGGGGGUUUCGACAGUCAAG